ACUUUUCUGAACUUUCUUCUACCAACAGCUCCAUUCAUUAUCCAUUAAAAAGAAGGGAGAAAACUUCCAACAAUUCCAUCGCUCUAUCUCUCUCUUCAAAUGUAGAUACAUCUCAAAUUCUCAGUUCCAAGGUUUACCAUUGACGGGUAUGGCAGUGAAAAUAGAUUUUUUUGUCUGAAAAGGGGAAAAAAAAAAAAAAAAUCUCAUUUUCAGGUUCCCCAGUGUUUUUAUUUUUUUUGAACACCAGCUUCAAAGAUCCAAUUCUGGUCUUUUUUUAAAAAAAAUAAUUAUUUUGGCGAUUGGCACGAUCGAGUUGAUGACAAUCACCAAACCGUUCCGAUCAACCCCAUAAAACCACCACAAGUUGCCUCAUUGCAUCAUUUUCUACAACGUUUUUUCAACUUUUUGAUUUGCAAUGGCGAAGAAAUCUUCCUCUGCGUCGUCGUCAGGGUCGGGGUGUGGGUUGUGGAGAUAUCUUCACCCGGGCUAUUACCUGAAAAGGCCGCAACGGCUUGCACUCGUCUUCAUCGCAUUCGUUUCUCUUACCUGGCUUGUGUGGGACCGCCAAACCCUCACCAGAGAACACCAGGUACAUGUUUCCAGGUUAUAUAAACAACUGAGAGGCUUGCAAAAUCAGCUGGAAGAUUUAAAGAUUGAUCUAAAAGGUUCGGGUGUAGGCAUCACAAGUAUUGAUAAAACCACUAAACUCAAUAAGAGGAACAUUUUUCAGGAUGACCCUCUUAACAUUCAACGCAGACAGAAAGUAAAAGAUUCCAUGCUUCAUGCAUGGACAUCUUAUGAGAAGUAUGCAUGGGGUCAUGAUGAACUUCAGCCACAGACCAAGAAUGGUAUUGAUAGUUUUGGUGGUCUUGGGGCAACUCUAGUAGAUUCCCUUGAUACAUUGUUUAUAAUGGGCCUUGACGAGCAGUUCAAAAGAGCUAGAGAGUGGGUUGCAAACUCAUUGGACUUCAACAAGAAUUAUGAUGCUAGCGUUUUUGAGACAACCAUAAGAGUUUUAGGUGGACUUCUUAGUACAUAUGAUCUCUCUGGCGAUGAAGUUUUCCUUGAAAAGGCUAGAGAUAUUGCAGAUAGAUUACUUCCUGCUUGGAAUACACCUUCAGGAAUUCCAUAUAACAGAAUUAACUUAGCAUAUGGGAAUGCACAUAAUCCCAUGUGGGCAGGGGGAAACAGUAUACUCGCAGAUUCUGGUACAGAACAGCUUGAAUUUAUUGCUCUAUCUCAAAGGACAAAAGAUCCCAAGUACCAGGAGAAGGUGGAGAAUGUCAUCAAAGAGCUUUAUAAAACCUUUCCUACUGAUGGUUUGCUCCCCAUAUAUAUCAACCCUCACACAGGAACAUCGGCAUACUCAACAAUUACAUUUGGUGCUAUGGGGGAUAGUUUUUAUGAAUAUCUACUCAAGGCUUGGAUCCAAGGGAACAAAACGGAACCCGUAAAGUACUACAGAGAAAUGUGGGAGACAUCAAUGAAAGGUCUGCAAGGCUUGGUUCGCAGAACAACACCAUCUUCCUUUGCAUACCUAUGUGAAAAGACUGGAAAUUUGCUAUCUGACAAGAUGGAUGAAUUAGCAUGCUUUGCUCCUGGAAUGCUUGCAUUAGGAUUUUUUGGUUAUGAUGGUGGGGAAGCUGAGAAGUAUUUAUCCUUGGCGGAAGAGCUUGCAUGGACGUGUUAUAACUUCUACCAGUCUACAACUACAAAAUUGGCUGGAGAGAAUUAUUUCUUUCACACUGGGAAGGACAUGAGUGUUGGUACGUCAUGGAACAUUUUGAGGCCGGAGACAGUUGAAUCGCUCUUUUACCUCUGGCGUUUCACUGGGAACAAGACAUAUCAAGAAUGGGGUUGGAACAUUUUCCAAGCAUUUGAAAAGAACUCUCGGGGAGAGAUAGGAUAUGUUGGACUCAAAGAUGUAAAUACAGGCGAUAAAGACAAUAUGAUGCAGAGCUUCUUCCUAGCAGAAACUCUCAAGUAUCUCUAUCUCCUGUUUUCACCUCCAUCACUCAUCUCUUUGGAUGAAUGGGUAUUUAACACUGAAGCCCACCCUCUAAGAAUCGUGACGAGACAUGCUCACGAAGAGAGUUAUAUCUUAAACGAACAACUCAGAUUUCCAGAUCGGUUUCUUGGUAGAAAAGAGGGUCGAUCAGGAUACAAUUAGCUCCUAUCUUUUUUAGGAUCCGGCCCUACUGUGUCUUUCCAGAUUAUCUUUCAUAUAUAAGAUAUGGGCGCACGAACUGGAUUCUGUACAUUAGUAGUGUACAGACGGAUCAGUUCCUAUAACUACUGAUUUGGCAGCAAUGCAAAACCACCUAAACUAAUGGCGUCAUGGUGGGGUGGUCAAUGGCUCUUCUUUAGCUGCAAAAUGAUGGGCUGCAUUUUCAGCUAGUUCGUUUUGAUGAAUAGAUAACAAUAGAUCAUAACCAUCUGUUGCUUCUCAUGUGGAAGAGAGGUGGAUUCGUAUUUGUAACAUGUCAUUGAUCCGUGAUUCACGGUUUGAACCCUUGUAAAAUGGCAUGGCAUGUGAUAUUCCAUUAAAUGCUUCUGUUCGUUUAAUUUCUAUUCUUGUCAUUAUGUAAUAUAUAUUUACCGAUACUUCCAACGUUGUUUGGUAUGGGGUUCAAUGAGUAAUGCCAAAGGUGGUUGAUGUGUACUUUA